CCGUCCACAGCCCACUAAACCGACUGCAAUACCAGGCUUGGCCUCUGAGCACUGGUGGAUUCCGGAAAUAUGCACCAGUCCUGGGGGCCUGGAUAUAACGGAGAAUUUAGUUACCAUCAUAGCAAACUUUUAUCAAUCAAUGUAGUGAAAUGGCGGGAGACAACCUUGACUUUGCAGAUAUUCUCAAGAGAAAGCGCGUCAAGUUGACCCUGAAAACCGCAUGCUACUUUGGCAUUGUCCAGCGAAUCAACUCAAACAAAUCUGUGACCUUGACGGAUGUUGUCGAUGUCAAGGAUGGAAGAAAGUUCCCUGGGGUGAAACUUUUCUUUGGCCACGAGAUUGUGAAUGUGGAAUUCUGUGGGGAAACAAACGGUAUCAAUGGAGAAAUAUUCAUCCCAGAGAGUGAAGGUAUUCUGAAUGUGGAAGAGUUUCAGCCUUACAAAAAGAACAUAAUUUGUGAUAAUGAUGAUGAUGCUGAUGACGAGUACGUGAACUUUCAGGUCAUCGAUGAGUUUAAUGAGAAGUUUGGACCUGCUGUGAUGCACAUUAAGAAGCAGCAUGUGAUCGGUGUGGCAGCUGAUGGAGUGGAAUCGUUCCAGCAUGGCAGACUCUGCUGGCUUCAGAUUGCAACCAAGAACAGGGUAUACCUCUUUGACAUCCUGUUGCUCGGAGCUCAAGCUUUCAAGAACGGCCUCUCCAUGAUCCUUCAGAGCAAGCGGAUGCUCAAGGUCGUGCACGACUGCCGAGGCGUUGCAAGCAGUUUGCUGGCGCAGUUCGGAGUGAAGAUCACAAACGUCUUUGACACGCAGGUGGCAGAUGUGAUGUGCUUCCUCUCGGACACGGGCGGCUAUCUUCCUGACCGGGUCAGCACGCUGCAGGAGGUGGUCAGCACGUACCUCAAGGUGCCCUCCUCCGGACUCUCCUCUCUUCGGAUGAAGACAAUGCUCAGCAAGGAGGAGAGGGAGAUGUGGUACGCCCGUCCGUGCCCUCUGCCCCUGCUCAAGGUCAUGGCCCUGGGUGUGAUCCACCUCCAGCCCCUCCGGCUGGUGCUGCUGGACGCAAUGAUGACGGAGUACCUGGACCGAGUCGACUCCUACCUCAGCAACAGCCUCACCGAGCCUGGCGCCGUCGGGCACAUCACCAUGAGCAACGUGUUGGAGCUUCCCAGGGAGCUGAGGGAACUGGAGCACCUGCGGAAGGGCCGCCAGCGCCACGCCCUCGACCACCUCAACCUCAACCAGCACGGGCUGCUGGAUCGCUUCAAUCCCCGGGCCAACAACCCACCCGAAGCCACGCCUCAGUCUAAGACCCCCCCCAUAACCACGCCUCAGACCCUGCCCAUAGCUAAGUCUCCCUAUCAGACCCCGCCAAUAACCACGCCUCAGACCCCGCCAAUAACCACGCCUCAGACCCCGCCAAUAACCACGCCUCAGACCCCGGCAAUAACCACGCCUCCCUAUCAGAGCCCGCCCAUAUCCCAGCCUCAGACCACGCCCACAACCACGCCUCAGACCCUGCCCAUAACCACGCCUCCCUAUCAGACCCCGCCCACAACCACGCCUCAGACCCUGCCAAUAACCACGCCUCGGACCCUGCCCAAAACCAGGCCUCUGUUUCAGACCCCACCCAUAGCCACGCCUCUGAUUCAGACUCCGCCCACAAUCACGCCUCUGUUUCCUUCCACGCCCAUAACCAAGCCUCUGUCUCAGGCCCCAACCAUAAGCGCACCUCUGUUUAAGACCAUGCCGCCGCGGCUGGUAGCCAGCUGGGACGCCAUGCCUCGGAUCCAGGCAGAGGCCCCAAACAACGUGCCACGCUUGGAGCCUCCGCCAAUCGAACAAGCAUUCAGUUUUCUCCAAAUGGAGGCAUCUGCAAGCCGCCCUCAGCUAACCAGGGGGUCCUCCCUGCAGUCCACUGCCCUGAUAACCGCUGGGUUGGCCGCAAGCCCUCCCCCUGCAGUCCUGGGUCCGGCUCCUCCCCCUGCAGUCCUGGGUCCGGCUCCUCCCCCUGCAGUCCUGGGUCCGGCUCCUCCCCCUGCAGUCCUGGGUCCGGCUCCUCCCCCUGCAGUCCUGGGUCCGGCUCCUCCCCCUGCAGUCCUGGGUCCGGCUCCUCCCCUUGCAGUGGCUCCCAGGCCGUCCCUGUCUCCCAGCAACCCUGGAAUGAGAGAGUUGAUGCAGGGGCGAAUUGGCAGGGGAAGGCCCCUAAGUGAAGCCCCCCAGGCUCCCCCUUUUGCGCUCCCAUCGUUUGGGAGAGGGUUGUUGCUCCAGAAGGGCCCGGUCUCGAGUCCGGUCCCCCAGGAUUGGCACCUCCCUUGGGCCUCUAUGGAUAAUCAGAUGUCUCCCAGUGCCAUGCCGUGCCUGGUUAAAGACACUGCGGGCCCCCAGGACCUCAGGGCCGCUAGGGACCUGCAGGGAGUUGUUCCCGGCCUGGGAAGAGGACAGUUUAAAGUGUCCAUCAGUCCCUUCUCCCCAACUCUCGGUCAGUCCUUUGCCUCCUUCAGGAGGUAGAGGGGAUUCUGAGCCACAAACCCACGUUCCUGUUUGCUGAUCUCGUAUUGCAUGUUAUUCCACACUAGGCCAAUAGAUGGCAGGAGAUGUUUGUUUAGUUUUUGCUCAAAAGAUUUUGCCUGUACCAAAGUUGGAUUCUGUUUUUGGUUUCAUUAUAUUCAGCGUGAUG